ACUUCCGGGGGUCGCACCGCCCAGCUCUCCGACCAGAGCUCCUGGCUCCGGCGUUUGCUCCGCUACCGCCUCGAUGCUACCGGCUCGGUGGGACUGAAGGGAUCGAGCCGAGCCGCGGGGCCCGCUCCAGCCCGGCCAUGAGCGCGGCCGCAUGAUGCGUCCCUGCCUCGGCCGCUGCACUCGCCGCCGCCGCCGCCGCAGACCAGGAGGAGCCGCAGCGCCGGGCGACCCCGCCCGGGCCUCGGAUCCUAUCACAUAGGACAGUAUGCACCUUAAGAUCUUGAAGAAAAGGCACAAAAUGUCCAAGUGAUGUUUAGAAAUAACUGGUGAGGGUGUGUCGGGGACAUCAUGCAGCCAUCAGGACACAGGCUCCGGGACGUCGAGCAUCAUCCUCUCCUGACUGAAAACGACAAUUAUGACUCUUCGUCAUCCUCCUCUUCCUCUGAGGCUGACAUGGCAGACAGGGUCUGGUUCAUACGUGACAGCUGUGGCAUGAUCUGUGCCGUCAUGACGUGGCUUCUGGUCGUCUAUGCAGACUUUGUGGUGACGUUUGUCAUGCUGCUGCCUUCCAAAGACUUCUGGUACUCCGUGGUCAACGGGGUCAUCUUCAACUGCCUGGCUGUGCUCGCCCUGUCGUCUCACCUGCGGACCAUGCUCACCGACCCUGGGGCAGUACCCAAAGGAAAUGCUACAAAAGAAUACAUGGAGAGUUUGCAGCUGAAGCCGGGGGAGGUGAUCUACAAGUGUCCCAAGUGCUGCUGUAUCAAGCCCGAGCGCGCCCACCACUGCAGUAUUUGCAAAAGAUGUAUUCGGAAAAUGGACCAUCAUUGCCCGUGGGUGAACAAUUGUGUAGGAGAAAAGAAUCAGAGAUUUUUUGUGCUCUUCACUAUGUACAUAGCUCUGUCUUCAGUCCACGCUCUGAUUCUCUGUGGGUUUCAGUUUAUCUCCUGUGUCCGAGGGCAGUGGACGGAAUGCAGUGAUUUUUCACCUCCAAUAACCGUAAUCCUGUUGAUCUUCCUGUGCCUUGAGGGUCUUCUGUUUUUCACUUUCACUGCGGUGAUGUUUGGCACCCAGAUCCAUUCAAUAUGCAACGAUGAGACGGAGAUUGAGAGGCUGAAGAGUGAGAAGCCCACGUGGGAGCGGAGGCUGCGAUGGGAAGGGAUGAAGUCUGUCUUUGGGGGGCCCCCUUCACUCCUCUGGAUGAACCCCUUCGUCGGCUUCCGAUUUAGGCGACUGCCUAUGAGACCCAGGAAAGGAGGCCCAGAGUUCUCCGUGUGAGGCCCCCGGGCUGGCACCUGCUAACAAAUGUCAAGUGGCAGGGCAAGCAGAACCGCACGAGCCAGCUGCUUGCAGCAAGCAGAGUUUUAUAUAUUUAUAGUCACAGAUGGGAGGCUUUCCAAACUGGAUGAGGCUCUCCUCAGUUCCACCUGUACGGCCAACGCAGGGUAUGUGGCCACUGAAGACGCCAAAGGUCAUUCCUUUCUGCACAGUUGGGACUUUUGUUAAGAAUACUUUGCAUUUUCUAAGAAGCUGUUUGGGAUAUUACAUAGGUGUUAAAAUCCUGUGCUGUAAGCUGCUUUUUUCAUUCAUGAAAGAAAAAACAGUCAAUCCAGUGAACAAGGAUUCUCCAGCGGUCACUCCAGGGAGCCCCUCUCCACCCUGGAUCAUUAGUGCACUCCCUCGGUCCCAGCAGGGGGGUUGCAUAGAAGGACGUUGGUCUCGUUUGCUCUGACACUUUGCACUAAAGUUGCAAAGGAUCCGUGCACUGAACAGUGAGGUGGCCUCGGGGCACUCCCCACUGCCCGGAAGAGGCGUCCUCUGACCCUUUCCGCAAGUUUGCGCGUGUGUGCGUGUCUGUGAGUAUGUGGGCUGUGUGCAUGUGUGUCCAAACUGGCAGUAUUGUUUAGACAAUGUAACAUUUAUCGGCUAUGUACAGCAAACAAGCUAUUUUUUAGAAACUGAUGUUUCAGGGAAGAGGGGAGAGGUGCCGCGGGUCCUCCCCGUGGGUUACUAUGAAUGUAUUGUAUAUUGGAGAGUGUCUUGAUCCAAAGAACAAUCACUCCCAUGCGGUCCUUUGUUGCCCUCCUGUUUUAAUUUUAUUUUAAAAAUCUUGGGUGCAUGAGGGCCUUAGAAAUGAUUUUUUUGUUGUUCCAGCCAAAUUAGCAGCGUGUGAAUGGCACCUUGGUGAGAGCAGAGCAGAAUCUCAUGGUUUUGUGCAGCUCGGUGUGGGGAGGGCCAGCACGUCAGCCGGGAAACACGGGGGAGGCAGGGGUUGGCCCUUUGGCCCCUCUGGGAAGGUUGGGGGACCGUGGGGCAGCCAGCCCCCAGCACGGGUGACUGUACGUGCCUCGGUCCAGGGGGCAGCAGCCUGUCAGACGUUGGGUCAGCAUCUGUUCUCUACCCAUGGCACAAGGGGUACAAUGGGAUCCUUGGUGCGGAGCUUACAAUUACGCCAGAAAACAAACAGCUCCCCUCCUGGGGACUUGCCUUAAACUUGCCUGGUUUGUACUUUUUUUUGCCAGUCACAUCAAGAAGCGCUGUGUGACAGAGUCUGAGGGGCUUCCUCAGAGUCUGCCCCCACGCUUAGAGAAGUUGGUGUUUCCCUCCAGGGCCUGUUCACCUUUCUGUUCCUCUGUGAACUGUUCUGUGUUUGUUCUUGGUCACUCUGUCCCCUAUCGUAACCAGGGCCUCCACCACUGCUGAUCAAACCACAGAGGGGCCUCCUGGGACCCAGUGCAGCCACGUGAACAAGCCGGCAGGACUCUGAUGCGGAUCAAGUCGGUCCCUGUAGAGGACGGACUGAGUCACACCAGCUGGACAGAGCACACUGUGGUCCAGGAGACAGAGUCCCAGAGAUUGUUCUGCACACUCACUGGCACAGCCCUUGUCUGGGUUGGACCGUGUAUCGGGCUUCAUUGUGAGGCUUUUCAUAUGUAUAUCCUGUUUAUCAAUAAAACAAAUUAUUGAAGUGGUUGACUCCUGUGAGCCGUGGCGAGUGUCUGCAAAUCAAGUGUACUUGACCUUUAAACCUCUUCUUUCAAUGUAACUUUUAUAUGAAAUAAAGUAACCAAUUGACAGUUCUCA